AGUGGUACGAUAGAAGCACACCGACAAUCUCGUGUAAUUAAGCGGUUACCAACUUGAAACUUCCAGCUCAUCUGAAACGGACUAAAUGAAUCCACAGAAAAGCAAGCGGCUGUUCGAGGAUUCUGUGUAUCAUACCAAUUUAAAGGAAAGUAAUCAGUGCUCCGAGUCGCCAGCGUUUCCUCAGCCAUUUUGACUGCACGCCUGGAGGCUAUUUUUUCUUCUGCUCGUCCUCCGUGAGUACACACGGUUUGCAAAUUUGUUGCAACUCCGUGCCAAAUAAGUACAGCGAAAUGGGUUCGCUGUCCAAAAUCUAACUGGACUGGGCUCCUAAGAGAAACAAACAAAAGAGACUGAGUGCUGUUUCUUUGACAGGGGAGAGAGCAGUGUCUCUUUUUAAGGAUGGAGUGCUACCUGUUGGGGAUAUACCUGCUUCUUGCACUCGUCGUGUUACAGAGAUCGAGCUGCACCACAGCCAAGGAGAUAACAUGCCAGGAGAUAUCCGUACCUCUUUGCAAAGGAAUCGGCUACAACUACACCUACAUGCCGAAUCAGUUCAAUCACGACACACAGGACGAGGCUGGUCUGGAGGUGCAUCAGUUUUGGCCUCUGGUGGAAAUCCAGUGUUCUCCGGACCUGAAGUUCUUUCUCUGUAGCAUGUAUACGCCUAUUUGCCUGGAGGACUACAAGAAGCCCCUGCCGCCUUGCCGAAGUGUUUGCGAGAGAGCUCGAGCAGGCUGCGCGCCUCUAAUGAGACAGUACGGCUUCCCCUGGCCCGACAGGAUGAAAUGUGACUUGCUGCCAGUGCAAGGCACCCCGGACACACUUUGUAUGGACUACAACAGAACUGAUUCAACGACCGUUUCGCCGGUCCUAUCAAAACCCACAAAUUAUCCCGUUAAGCCAUUUAACCCUCACAAAAACAAAAAUGAUCACGGUAGACCUGGUGUACCUGGUAGCAAACACAGACCGGCGGUUUCUCCUUGUGAGCCAGGCUGCCAGUGCCGCGAGCCCAUGGUGCAGGUAAACAGUGACCGACACCCGCUUUACAACCGAGUAAAGACCGGACAGAUUCCGAACUGCGCAAUGCCGUGCCAUAACCCCUAUUUUUCCCAGGACGAAAGAACCUUCACUGUUUUCUGGAUAGGACUGUGGUCUGUGUUGUGUUUUGUUUCCACGUUCGCGACCGUGGCCACUUUCUUAAUUGACAUGGAGAGAUUCAAGUACCCGGAGAGGCCCAUUAUUUUUCUCUCUGCUUGCUACAUGUUUGUUUCUGUCGGUUACAUAGUGCGACUAAUUGCCGGUCACGAAAAGGUGGCAUGCAACCGGGAGUAUGACGUGGAGCAUAUCCACUACGAGACGACUGGCCCCGCGCUUUGUACCGUUGUUUUUCUCCUAAUUUACUUUUUCGGCAUGGCAAGCUCUAUCUGGUGGGUGAUUCUGUCACUGACUUGGUUCCUGGCCGCCGGUAUGAAGUGGGGUAACGAAGCCAUUGCAAGUUACUCUCAGUAUUUUCACCUGGCAGCAUGGCUUAUCCCGAGCAUGAAAUCCAUUGCGGUUUUGGCACUGAGCUCAGUGGAUGGGGACCCUGUGGCUGGAAUCUGCUAUGUUGGCAAUCAGAACUUGGACAAUCUGAGAGGAUUCGUCUUGGCGCCUUUGGUCAUCUAUUUGUUUAUUGGCACAAUGUUCCUUUUAGCGGGGUUUGUUUCCCUGUUUAGGAUUCGGAGUGUUAUCAAGCAAGGAGGAACGAAAACGGACAAGCUUGAAAAACUGAUGAUCAGGAUAGGGAUUUUUACAGUGCUUUACACUGUACCUGCAACAAUCAUAGUUGCGUGUUACUUUUAUGAGCAGCACAACCGGCAGACUUGGGAGAUUACACACAACUGUCAGUGUCUGUUGGAACAGGAACACAAUAAACCGGACUACGCUGUCUUCAUGUUGAAGUACUUUAUGUGCCUUCUCGUGGGCAUCACGUCGGGGGUGUGGAUUUGGUCAGGGAAAACGCUGGAGUCCUGGCGAACCUUUUGCACAAGGUGUUGCUGGGGCAGCAAAGGCACGAGCGGGUCCAUGUACAGUGACGUUAGUACAGGAUUGACUUGGAGAUCGGGUACAGCGAGCUCAGUGUCUUGCCCCAAACAGAUGCCAUUGUCGCAGGUUUGAAGAAAUCCCGUGGACAGCGAAUUGCGCUGAGAACUUCUGUCCUGCUAAUUACCACAUUAAUAAACUCGCUCGAUUACUUCUAUUAGACUGGAGUAUAGGAACCGGUUUUAUCAAUUUGCACUGCUGAAUUCAACCCAUUUAUAUGCACAUGACUAGCAAUGGGUCGCUCAUUGGAAAGUACAGGCCAUUGUCAUUUCCUGGCCUCGAGCACAGAAGCAGUUGUUUUUACGGUGUUCCUGGCAGCCAACGUGGUAUUGUUUAACCCUAAAAUGUCAGCAAUCAUUAUCAAAGAUGGUCGAAUUAAGCCUUAAUGUCUUAGUACCCAAAUAUUAUACGGGUUUUUAUUGCAAAAUGUAUUUAUAUAAUUAUUGUGUACAAACUUGUAAAUUGUGUAUAGAUUGAAAUUUAUAGGAUAUUGUAAAUAUGUAUAAAGUUUAGAUGUCACUCUGUGAGAACAAAUGACUUUUAUUUUGACAAUAAAACAAUUUUGAUAAAUGCA